AUGUCUGAUCUAUAUCGGUCUGCGAUAAGCGCCCGAGCUUCAAAGCUUCCACAAUCUCCACCGCUCCAACACUCCGCAAACACAAAGCAUGUAGGAGAGGAGUGUAAAGAGGAUGAUGAUAUUAUAGGCGAUCUACCAGGUAGUGGUCUAGGACCUCCAGCUAUGCAACGCGUACCAAACCCUGAUUUUGCUCCUAUAUCUGCAUCGGGAUUCUUCCAGGAGGCUUUGCAGGUCGAUAUACCUGACAGAAAGCUUGAUUGUCGCUUGUACUACACUCCUCCCAAAUUUAAAGAUGGCACAGUCAUGGUUUGCCAUCACGGGGCCGGGUAUUCUGGACUGAGCUUUGCGUGUUUCGCGAAAGAGGUCACUGAAAUGACAAAAGGGGAAUGUGGAAUUCUUUCUCUCGACGCUCGACGACACGGAAAAACGACCUCAACGAACGAGGACGGUGGCGAUCUAUCCAUUGAGGUCUUGGUGGCCGAUUUCUGUGCCAUCAUGCAAACUGUAUUCAAAUUGCCGGAGUUUGCCCCCACGCUACUACUUAUUGGCCAUAGUAUGGGUGGUUCAGUGGUUGUUAGAAGCUGCCCUAAGCUUCUGGAUGCAAAGUAUCGAAUUGCUGGAGUUGCGGUAUUGGACGUCGUCGAAGGCACGAAAAUCCUCCUCAAUGCUCGGCCAGAUGGAUUUGAUAGCAUGGAGGAAGCAAUUGAAUGGCACGUCUCAACGAACACAAUUCUCAACGUAUUAUCGGCUCGGGUAUCCAUUCCGUCUAUCAUCCAGUUCAAAGAAGGAGCAAUACCCCCAUAUCAGUGGCGCACUACUUUACGAUCAACGGCUCCCUAUUGGCUGAGUUGGUUCAAAGGACUGUCAACUAAUUUCCUAUCGACUCGUGCAGCUCGGUUACUUGUUCUAGCGGGUACAGAUCGUCUUGACAAGGAAUUGAUGAUCGGCCAAAUGCAAGGUAAAUUCCAGCAGACUGUGGUCCCAGGAGUUGGUCAUAUGCUACAUGAGGAUGAUCCAACACGAAUCGCAGAGAUACUGGUGGAGUUCUGGAAAAGAAACGAAAGGGUACUGGUCGGGGUGAAGAAAGUUGGAGAACUCUGA